AACCUCAGUACGGCUUUAACAACUCAAACGGUCACAUCCACACCGCGUUUAAGCCUUAGCUAAAAAAUAUAUACAUACAUAUAUUAAUAUCUAUAUAUAGUUGGUUCUGUGUGUGUUCAAGAUUAAAAUUCGAUUGUUACAAAAUGUGGCGCUUGCUAGUAGCUCUUGGGAUGAUAAGUGCGGUGUGCUGUGAGUCGGAUCUUUUUCGGGAUGACAUCAGGACCGCCCAAGCGAUGGCCUAUAUAGAACAAAUUAGGCAACAACAGGCACAGGCACAGGCACAGUCACAGACACAGUCACAGCCACCGCAAUAUAUCAUGCCGGUUCCAUUGCCGACUCUGUCACCAAUGCGACCAUUGCAACCUUUGCCGCCCCUGCAAUCGCCCGGCCUUGUGAAUGGCCUUGCCACCCAAAAACCAGGAAGUUUCGUCAAGUCGUCGCUUCCGGCUGCCUAUUCCAACCGCGUGGACCAGGCCACUUCCGAUCAGAUCGCGCUAAGUGUGCUACGUUUUGCCAAUACUUUGGUUCAGCACUUGGGCUACAGUAAGACGGAGAUCUUCUCUCCCUUGAGUAUUGUCCACUCGCUGGCCUUACUAUUGCUGGGUGCCAAGGGUCGCAGCUACGAGGAGCUGUCCAGUGUCUUUGGAAUCGCCGACACAGCGAAGCUGCACGAACAAUUCGGUUUGAUGCUAAGGGACUUGCAACAGCCCACCUUGGAGACCAUUUCACCAGGACGAGCAGUCACAAAUUGGCGAGUCAACAGCCCGAUGAGAACGAACCGACGGGCCCAGCGACCGGGAGCCCAUGAGGUGCACCUGGCCAACGGUAUAUUCACACAGACCGGCUACUCACUCAACCCCGACUACAGACGAGUGAUCGCAGAGGUCUACGGCUCGGAACUGCAGGUUCAGGACUUCAUGGGCAAUCCAGCGACGGCGCGUUACAACAUCAACCAUUGGGUGGCUCAGCACACGAAUAACCUCAUCCAGGGCAUCAUUACCAGAGAUAUUCCGCCAGACACGAGGAUGAUUCUGGCCAACGCGCUGUACUUCAAGGGAUUCUGGGAGACGGACUUUAUAGAGUCGGCCACCAGGCCCGACAACUUCUAUCCGAACGGAGAGGGAUCUGAGCCGGUGGUAAGGGUGCAGAUGAUGGCCACUGGUGGCACAUUUCCCUACCACGAGGACCACGAGAUGGGCUGCAAGAUCAUUGGAUUGCCCUACAGGGGCAACCUGAGCACCAUGUAUGUCAUCCAGCCUCUAAAGUCGUCGGCGCUGGAACUUAUGGCGCUCCAGAAACGAUUGUCAGGCGAAAGGAUCGAAUACAUGAUCACCCAGAUGUACAGACGAUCCGCCCUGGUGGCAUUCCCAAAGAUGCACCUCACCGAGACGUUUAAUCUGAAGACAAUCAUGCAGAAUAUGGGACUGGGUGGUGUCUUCAGCAGCGUGCAGAACGAUCUCUCGUUGAUCGGCACAAACGAGGUGGCCAGGACGAGUUCGCUGGGCGGCAACAGCCUGCAGAAUCUGGAGGCCCAGCGUAGAGCCGGAUUGGGAGGAGCUCGAUCCGACUUGGAGGUGGACGAGAUUGCCCACAAGGUGGACUUCACUGUGAAUGAGCAGGGAACGGAGGCGGCGGCGUCGACGGUGAUGUACCUAAAGAAAUCCGGCCCAGAUGUCGUCUUCCGAGGAGACACUCCAUUCAUGGUGCUACUGCGACACGAUCCCACAAAACUGGUGCUAUUUUAUGGCAUCAUAAAUGAGCCCCCAGCGGCUGCCUAAUCACAAGGAUCUUAAACUAUUAAACUUUAGUACCUAGUUCGUUAACUUGUUAGUUAGGAAGCCAAUAAAUCAUUCUAAAUGAUUCAAAAAAAUAAAUUAAAAGCUAAUAUAGUAAAACAAGA